AUGGAAUUGGGAUAUCGAGAUGAACUGUUGCUUUCGGUACUGAUUGAAUAUUUCUUUCUCGGGUAUUACUGGUACUUGGUUUUAACCUGUACCCUGGCAUUGCUCCUGUCCCGAAUGAGGCUUCCAGGGCUGUUGCAACUGGUCCUGGUGACCAUGUUUCUGAUCUCUGUGGCUGCUCUGUCCGUCGACACGAUCGUCGUGUAUAGAGAGAUCGACUCACCAUCCGGGUCGUACCCAUUCCAGUUGCGAAGACCUCGCGUUAUUCUCCGUGUCGGGAACUCGGCUAUAUCUCAAGCCAUUGUCAGUACGAGAUGCCUGAAGUUGUGGCCUCGUAACAAAUUUGCAAUGGCCGCGACGGCCGUUCUUUUCUCUGCUAGCAUCGCAACAGGGAUAUUCGGAGUCAGUGGAGACCCUUCGUCGAUCCGCGGCCAAAUGUUGGUCUACAAUUGGACAAACAUGGCAUCGACGGGGAUUCUCAGUGGAGUUAUCAUCGCUCGGACUCUUUGGAUGCGGAAACAAGUUACGAAAGUUUACGACCCAGUGCACUUGGACUGUUACCCCAAAAUUAACAUGCUGUGGGUCGUAUUGCCCGUACCUUUCGUCGUUCACCCGAACUCACAGCCUGCUCGACGGUGUAGGAUUGAUUCGGGAAUAGGCUUCCCAGUCCUAGCGCUUAUUGACCGCCUUAUCCCUUUCAACCCGCUGCAAGCGGCGUUGGUCCAGAUUGCUGUGUGUGUCCCUUCUCAUUACUAUGUGAUCAUGCUCAUCGUCUUCGAAAAUCAAGGGUAUCACCGCCGGUCGAAUCAUCCUCCAGACCGCACUCGGAAGGAACCCAAGAUGCGUGGAGAGCCUUAUGAAGGAGCUCAGCGAGCAGCAACGUUCCUCGACCCCGGUCCUCGAUACCAUUUUCGGCAGCACUAUGGGUCCUUCUCUACCCGCAGGCAUCGAUCGGACAGCUUCGAUGCAGUCCCAGAUUCCCCCGCCUCGUGA